AUGUCUGACCCGAUGUCACUUCUGGCAGAGCCUAUAAUCACAAAAGUAAUAGAGUUAGCAUAUGCUUUCAGCAAGAACAAGUAUGAUAAACUCUAUGGAGUUGAAGGCGAGAUUGAAAAGCUAACAAGCAAAUUAAGCUUUAUCUCAGCAGCGCUUAAGGACGCUGAGCACUGCUGUUCAGAUUCAAAAUCCGAGCAGCUAGUAGAUUGGCUGACAAAACUUAGAGAUGCAGCCCUGGAUGCAGAGGAUAUACUGGAAACUUAUGCUGCUGAGGUUGCUAUGAGAGAAAAGCAGAGGUAUCCUGCCCCACUUGCCUGGAUUUCUUCUCGAUCAGAUGCUGCAAAUAAGAUCAAGAAGAUUGAGGCAAGGAUCGAAAUGAUCUCCCAAGAAAAGAAUAAAUUCCAUUUCAGGCCCAAGGACUAUGGUGGAAAAGAUUGGACACAUCAACCCACUAGGAUUGGCCUGGGCGAAAUGGAUUUCCUAAGGGACACAUCAGACAUAGUUGGCAGGGAAGAGGAGAAAAAUGAGGUUGUUAGAUGGUUGCUCUCGGAAGAAGAAUCUGACAACGAUGGGUGUAUCCCUGUGCUGCCCAUCAUUGGUAUGGGAGGCCUAGGAAAAACAACCCUCGCUCAGCUGGCCUAUAAUGAUGCUAGGGUCUAUAAAAAGCGAGAUGAGGCAUGCCAUUUCAAGGUUGCUAUGUGGGUUAAUGUCUCAGUGGAUUCAAGCGUGGAUAGGAUCCUUAGGGAGAUGGUUGAAAUCCUCACAGAGAUGAGGCAUGAUAAGGUUCCUAAGAGCUCAAUCAAGCCUCAUAUCCUGGAAGUCUUGAAUGAAAAACGUUUCCUGCUUGUAUUAGAUGAUGUGUGGGUUGAGAAAUUAGACUGGGAACCACUUCAUGAAGGAACACUGCUGGGACCUGUUUGUAAAACGAGCCUUUCCCCAAAUGGGGCAUAUUCAAAAGAUUUGGAAGAGAUAGGGAGAGAAAUCAUCCGCAGGUGCAAUUUCCUCCCUCUAGCAGUGAAGGCAAUGGCAGGCCUUUUGCGUGGGAAUAAUGAUGUUAGUCAAUGGCAGAGAAUCCUGCGAAAUGGUAUCUGGGAAUCAGAGCAAUCCAGUCUUGGAAAUGGCGGUCCAAACAUUCUGCCUGCUCUGAAAUUGAGUUAUGAUCAUCUCCCUACUCAACUCAAGCAGUGUUUUGCAUACUGUUACAUAUUCCCAAAAGGCCAUAUGUUUGACAAAAAUGAUCUAGUCAAACUGUGGAUAGCUGAAGGUUACAUCCAACUGACAGGAGAAAACAAGCUGGAGGAAGCUGGAAGUGAUUAUUUCAACGAGUUGCUAACGAGAUCCUUCUUUCAGAUCUUAGACAUUGACAGUCAGGUACAGUACAAGUUGCAUGAUCUAAUUCAUGAUUUAGCGAAAUCUAUCUCAAGUUGUUGUCAGCAUGUUGAAGAAGACAAUCCUUGCUCUAUUGAACAGACCUUGCGCUAUGUAUCAUUUAAUUGUAAAAAUGAUGUUCAGAAGCCUGCACAAGAGAUUCUCAAAGCUAAGAAGUUGCGCACUUUACUACUACCGAUCAGUCACCCCAGAGAUUUUGGCCGUACCCUUGAUAAGAUGUUCCAUGCAUUGAAGUACAUGCGGGUUUUAGAUCUCAGUUCAAGCAGCAUAACCGAUCUGCCGAAAUCAAUAGGGGAGCUGAAGUUGCUGCGGUACCUUGACUUAUCAAGAACUGAGAUAUGUUCACUACCCAACACCAUUUGCAACCUCUCCAAUCUGCAAAUUCUAAAGCUCCUAGGGUGUCUUUGGCUUCUGGAAUUGCCAAAGGACCUUGGGAAUCUAAAAAAUCUACGAUAUCUUGAGCUAGAUGAGAUGUUUUGGUACAAGUGCUCCACAUUGCCCCCAAGUAUAGGAGGCAUAACCAAUUUGCAUAAUUUACAUACUUUCCAUGUUCGUCGGGAGAGAGGAUAUGGAAUUGAGGAGUUAAAGAGCAUGAACAGUCUAGAAGGUACGCUACACAUUUCUAAACUCGAAAAUUCGACAGAUGCAAAGGCUGCAGAGCUCAAACAAAAGGUAGGCAUUACUAAGUUGAUACUUGAAUGGAGCAAGGAGGUUGCCAAUUCACAAGAUCAAACAGAGCAAGAUACAAUCCUUGAAGAUCUUGAACCUUAUCAAAGCCUACGACAGCUCCACAUACAUCAGUACAAAGGAAGCAGACUUUCAAGUUGGAUGGGGAAUGGAAUGCUCGUGAACUUAUACAAGCUCUCCUUGAAUCAUUGUGCAAGUUGUAGAAUCCUCUCUCUUGGGCCAUUGCCACACCUUCAGGAGCUUUGCAUUAAAGGAAUGCUAGAGUUGGAUGAAUGGUCAGAGACAAUAUAUCCUUCCCUCAUGAGAUUAAAGAUUAGUAAGUGUCCACAGUUGCGGGAACUUCCAUGCAUCUUCCCAAACCUCAAGGUCAUGAAAAUCAAGCACUGUGAUGCUCUGAAGGCUCUGCCAGUGAUGCCAGCUGUGAGGUUUUUGAUUCUCACGAACAAUGCCUUGCUAGAGGAAUGGAAAGAGGCAACUAUGCAGAUCGUUACAAGGAAUCAUGACGGUCAAGAUCAAAAUAUACAACGGUAUUCAUUCAUGGAACUUCUGGAAUUGAGUAUAGUCAAUUGUCCAAGGUUGCAGGGCAUGCCACAAAUCUUUUCACCUCAGAAACUGCAGAUAAGUGGGUGCCCUUUACUAAGGACACUCCCACAGCUCAACCAACGUCUUCAGUGUCUGGAAAUAGACAAAUGCAAUGGUUCAAGCUUGAUAGAGGCAAUACCGAGUACAGGCUCCUUAUACUCGCUGAUUAUUUCUAAUAUAACUAACCUUGCCUCAUUACCCAAGUUGCCACAUCUUCCUCAGCUGAAAUCUUUGUACAUCCACAACUGCCAGGAUCUUGUUUGUUUGUCUCGUGAAGAUAGUUCACUGCAAAACCUCACUUCCCUGAAGUUUCUGUCUGUUUCAGGAUGUCAAAAGCUGGUGGUGUUUUCAGAAGAAGGGCUUCCAACAUCAGUUGAAUGCUUGAGCAUCGAAAACUGUUUCAAGCUGCAAUCCUUUCCUACAAGAAACUAUCUAGCAAGUCUCACAUCCCUUAAAGAUCUAUACCUGGAGGACUGUCCCAAACUUGAAUCUUUGCCAGAAGACGGACUUCCCACCUCCCUCCGGCACUUACGCAUUCGAGGAUGCUCUCUACUCACACAACAAUGCAACAAUGAAGUAGAAGGCAAGUAUUGGCAAAUGAUCAGCCAUGUGACAGAUUUGGAGCUUGAUUCUAUCAUGAAUCAUAAACCAAAAAUAUCUCUUGGUCCAAGUAAAGGUUACCUAACUUGCUUUACAGGCAAAUAUAGCUUUUCUGCAAAUAAUUAAGCCAAAGUGCCAAUUUAUUAUAAAUACUCAGGGGAAUGGUGAAGUCUGAAAAGACACAUUGCAGACUUUGUCUGCAGCACUAUUCAAUCAAAUUGCUUCUUAUGUACACAUUUCGAUAGUACUCGUACUCCGUAGAUAAGAAGGCAUACAGAUUGUUGUAUUGCAUCUCAGUUAUGAAGUUAUUAUCGUUGUAAUUCUGUUCUUUGAUUGAACAAGUUUAUUUCACAA